GUCACCAACGGAGCUCCGCCAUUUUAACUUCAUCCAUCUAAAGAAGACGAGCCACUCGCACAGUAUUUUAAGUCGAACCGUUACCGUAUUUAGCGUAACAAAGGGGGGUUUGUGUUGUUUAUCGUCCUUACAGAGAUCGACCUAACCGAUUCUUUAUAAAUUCUGACAGCCUGUCUCGGUUAUUUUCAACCGGAGAGUCGCAAUGCCGAGCCACCCGCUGCGUGUAGCGGUUGUGUGCUCGAGCAACCAGAACCGCAGUAUGGAGGCGCACAGUAUCCUCAGCAAACGUGGAUUUGAUGUGCGUUCAUUUGGGACAGGGUCUCAUGUGAAGCUACCCGGUCCUGCCCCGGAUAAGCCAAAUGUGUAUGACUUCAAAACUACAUAUGUACAGAUGUACAACGACUUGGUCCGCAAGGACAAGGAACUAUACACACAGAAUGGCAUCCUGCACAUGCUGGACCGCAACAAGCGCAUCAAAUCAAAGCCGGAGCGCUUUCAAAACUGCAAGGAUAAGUUUGACCUGGUCAUCACCUGUGAAGAGAGAGUCUAUGACCAAGUGCUGGAGGAUCUAAAUUCAAGAGAGCAGGAGACUCUGCAGUCUGUUCACGUCAUCAAUGUAGACAUUCAGGAUAACCACGAGGAAGCCACGCUGGGCGCCUUCCUCAUCUGUGAGCUGUGUCAAUGUAUCCAGCACACUGAUGACAUGGAGGAUGAAAUGGAUGAACUCAUUCAGGAGUUUGAGGAGAAGAGCAACCGGCCUUUUCUCCACACUGUCUGUUUCUACUAAUGCGCAAUAGAAACUUGAAAUACACACAAACCUAGAUCACAAGCAAUCAAACAUUAGUAUAUGGACACACACUUCUUACUCCUCAGUCAUCUACACAGUAGAUAGACAUACAUAAACAUUGUGUGCCUACACAACUACACACACAUACACACGCAGCUUUGGGUCAGGACCUAACAAAUGGCUGCUGUUGGACAUAUUGGGGAUGAUGGUGUUUGUCCUCUAUGCAGAGGACGAACUGGCUGCUCUCGCUCUGCCUUUAUUUCUCCUGAUCAAGGUCAGGCCUUGGUCAGGCCUUGGUCAGCCCUUCAUCCCAGUCCAGUGAAAUCACUCAACCAUGUCUCCUCAGGGAGAGCCAUAGCACCCCACCCUGACUCAACCACUCCCUCUCCAGUCCCUCUGGUUUAGGCCACAUUCAGAACAGCAUAUGAAUGCUGAUUUUUGUUUCCCCCAGAUGAUAUACCGUAUAAUUGUUAUUCAUUUAAGCCCAUGUCAGACUUUUUAUUCCUGAUCUUGGGAAGUGUAAAUGUUUUGUUUUUUUUUGGGGUCAGACGGGGAUGAGUUAAUUGAACUGAAUGCUUGUUUUUGUGUGACAAUGUGUUGUGGAUUAGUUUGGAUAAGUGGGUGGGCUAAUAAUGAUAACCAAACCUAGACCUCUGAGGCUCUCCUCCAGUGUGUUUCCUAUAUAAUGUGUUGAUUCUAUUUCAACUUGGAUAUGCUAUUUUUCAGGGCAUAGUAUGUAUUUUUCUUUUGUAAAUGUUAAAGAAUUGAAACAUUGUAAUUAUUUGCAAACUGCGAGCUCGGCUCAGAGUGCCUGAUUUUUCUGUAUGUACAUAUGAAUCCUCUAAAGAAAGAAAGAAACAUCUCUAAGAAACAUG